AUGGAAUCAACAAAUCCUUCAGUCUUGCCCGUUCAGGCUGAGAAACGGCUCUGCAAAUUCCGACAUACGACGGCAAUCCCUUUUGAUACGGUCUCUCGAAUCAAGGAAUUUUGUAACAGGGAAGAAAUAGAGGUUCUGAACCUGCUCCAGUUGGCUUGGGCAAUUGUCCUGCGUGGAUAUCUUUCCUCCGACAGUAUUUGUUUCUCGUAUCGAGAAGGCAAAGACAAAGACUCAGUAUACUCGCUGGAUUUCACGUCCCGUGAUCUGAUUACCUCGAUUCUUCGAAACGAACACGCGUCAAACAAACAUCGUGCAGCCAAUGGGUCGCCCAACACCGUUGACUGCGACUCUCUAUUCAAAAUAUUCCACAGUCUUUUGGAGCUGCAAAACCACGAAGAGUUUCUUCCAGACACUGCCAGUGCUUAUGACACCAAGGUAGCCGAUGAUUGCCGCGAAACGUCCGCUGAUAUGAACACUCUAGUUUGA